UCAAAAGCACAGCAUUAUAAGCUCUCCAUCCUCAUCCCUCAACUCCACCAGCAUCACCACCACAGCCAUCUCCUCCUCCCCCCCUGCGGCCUUUAUCAAGCUUUCAGACACAAGUAAUGGAAAAGGGAGCCAUGAAGAUCUUCCUGCUGGCAACCGCCGUGAUUGCGGCUUCAUUCUGGAUUCCUGCAGCCAGCCAGUCAAGCUGCACCACAGUCCUCCUAGGCCUCUCGCCGUGCCUCAAUUAUAUCAUCGGCAGUUCCUCCACUGCUUCCUCUAGUUGCUGCUCUCAGCUUGGCAACGUCGUGCAAUCGCAGCCUCAAUGCCUCUGCACAUUGAUCAAUGGAGGAGUACCUAUUAUAAGCAUUGCUUUAAACAGGACACGAGCUUUAGCUCUUCCAGGAGCUUGCAACAUCCAAACACCACCUGUUAGCCUCUGCAAAGUUAUAGGAGGUGGGCCGUCAUCCUUGUCAUCCUCUCCGACGGAGUCCCCUCAGGCGGAGCCGAGCACUCUGGCGAACCCACCAACAUCUUCCGAGGCACCCAGCGACACCGCUCCCAGCGACACCCCUCCCAGCGACACCGCUCCC